CGGCUCGGGUGCAAAGUUUCAGCCGUCUGCAAAUCAAAGUCUACGCUAACGUUUCUGAAAUAUACCCCAGUCUUUUAAUUUUCCCAGUUAGUCGCUUUUGAGGACCCAACAUCGUUUUUUGCUGUAUCUGGAAUUGGAGUCGGUUGUAAAAUCGUACGAUAAUUACGAAUUUUUAACGAGCAUAUACAUAUUUACAAUACGUGAUGGAAUCCCAUCAUAUGCUUCCAGUCUCGAUUGGCACGCUACAGAUAGCUACCAGCAUAUUGUAAGCUAACUAGCUAGCUAACUCAGUUAUCUAGCUAAACGAGUGACCCAGCGGAGAAAAAUGGCUUGUGAGCCUAAUCGUGUGCGGCUACUAUGCAUGCUUUCAUUGACAUUUGGUUUUUUUAUUGUAGAGGUAGUCGUCAGUCGGAUCACGGCAUCUUUGGCAAUGCUGUCGGACUCAUUUCAUAUGCUAUCGGAUGUCAUUGCGCUGGUUGUGGCUUUGGUGGCGGUGCGCUUCGCUGAGAAGACGCAAUCGACAAAUAAAAACACGUUCGGAUGGAUCCGGGCGGAGGUGAUGGGGGCUCUCGUAAACGCAGUGUUCCUCACAGCUCUCUGUUUCACCAUUAUCUUGGAGGCCGUCGAGCGAUUCACCAACCCACAUGAAAUCGAGAAACCCCAUGUAGUAAUCGGUGUGGGGGCCGCCGGGCUCCUGGUCAACCUCCUCGGGCUGUGCUUGUUCCACGGACACGCAGGUGGUGGACACGGGCACUCUCACGGAGGAGGCCAUUCUCAUGGAAAUAAGAAAAACAAGAGGGGUAAAAUAUGCAAGUCAGAAAAACCGAAUGGAUCAUCAGGAGAGGAGUCCAACAACCUGGUGGGAAGCCACAACAGCCCCCCUAAUGGCGUGGACACUGAGAGACGUAGACAUGAGAUUGUUCGCAACGACGGAGAGGUGCAUAUGAACGGCAGCGCCGCCUACGAGGACAUGGAUCACAGCCACGACGAGGGUUCACUCAACAUGCGCGGCGUCUUCCUGCACGUGCUGGGCGACGCCCUGGGCUCGGUCAUCGUGGUGGUCAACGCCCUUAUCUUCACCUUUGUGUGGCGGCCGUGCCCGCCUGGCGAGAGCUGCUUCAACCCAUGCCACUCGACAGACCACCCGCACGUUAACCACACCCUGGUGGACCUGUCCAUGGACGGCAACGGUUCUAGCUUUCAGCGGACCAUGGUGGGGCCAUGCUGGGUGCUCUACCUUGACCCCACGCUGUGCAUCAUCAUGGUGGGUAUCCUGCUCUACACCACCUACCCACUGCUCAAGGAGUCUGCGCUGAUCCUCCUGCAGACGGUGCCCAAACAGAUCGACAUGCAUCGCCUCAACGAGCGGCUGCUCUCGCUGGACGGUGUGCUGGCCAUUCAUGAGCUGCACAUCUGGCAGCUGGCGGGCUCGCGCAUCAUUGCCACGGCGCACAUCAAGUGCCACGACCCCACAUCCUACAUGGACGUGGCCAAGCGCAUCAAGGACUUCUUCCAUGACGAGGGCAUCCACGCCACCACCAUCCAGCCCGAGUUUGUCACGGUCAAUUCCGAGUCAAGUGCCUCCCUCUGCGAGCUCUCCUGCCGGACUCAGUGUGCGCCCAAGUUGUGCUGUGGCGCUGCAGACAAGCAGGGUGUUGCUGGCACUGGUCCGGCAGGCGAGGGGAAGGUGCUGGCGGCCUCUGCAAUGGAGGUGAUCAGCGAGACCCCAGAGGGAGCAGCUGGAGCUUCAGUUCUGGAGCAGGCGGCUGCUGCAGUCGUCCAGGUGGUCCCCCGGACUCCGGAGCCCGAGGUCAUCAUCACCCGAGAGGUGGAAUCUUCUCUGUGAGACAGACCGGACACAGUCGGAGGAAGGAUAGAAUCACUACUAAAGUGGAUGGAAGUUUUUAAAAGUGCCAGCCAAAGUUGACAGUGGGUUGUCGUGUGUACAGCGCGCUCUGAUUCUGGAAACACUGGUAGGAAAAUGGCUCCACUACCGCAGACUUGUUCGAAGACACCCUUUGUUCCAGCCCUCCCACUGCCCCCCCCACCCCCACUGCCAACCCCUCGCCACCUCCUCACCUCUGACCUCCGCAACCGCCAGGGCCACGGCCUGGUCUGGCCUGGCCUGGCCUGCUGCAUGUGUAUCCUUCCCCACAUUAGCGCCGGGUUGUGAUGUGUCACCGUCGUCCCAUCCCUCCACGGUGUCUAUGUGCCAAAGCGUCUCAAUAAAGGACAGAAUGGAGACUCCCCUCCAGCAAGUACCAUGAGCCAACACGACACCUGCAAGGCCAAGCACACCUGUCUACUCUGCAGGUCUUUUUGUUGAUCUAUGGACCUUUUCACUUAUGAAUUAUUUUUUUUAUUUUUUGGGGAUAGGCUUUGAGCAUCAAUUUUCUUAGCCUUGGCCCCACAAUAGAAAAUUGUUAUUACAAUUUUAUUUAAGUUAUUAGUAAUGAUCUAUAAUUUUCUCUGUAGAUGCAUUUAUAAUAUUUAGUUUGGAUGGUAGAUUUAAUUUGUGAAGUUUUUCUGAAUAUUUGACGAACCAUCUAUGCUGUAGACUUGUUUUUGAAAAUAUGUUUUUUUAAAUGAAUUUUUCUCAGACUUUUAUUCUGGCCUUGACUCUGUUUUAAUGGCAGUUGUUAGUUGAAGGCAGACGCUGUGUAAACCUCACCACGCCUAUAAUUCAAAUUGCUUUGAAAUAGCACUGAGUACUGUUUGCGUAAGUACUGUAGGCUAUCUUGUAUCAGCAAACUUCAGCAACCUUUUUAUUCAACAACAACAAAAUCGGAUGCCUUGCAAGCCUGAGGGUCUAUCACUGAAGAAAAUGUGCACUACAAAAUGCCAAACAAUAUUCUGUUUUAAAUCUCUGCUGGAGAGCCAUCGGAUGGGUUGUUGAAAUUCAUACUAAUAUUCCUCAUGAAUGUGUUGGGGAGGGGACCUAGUCAAAAUCCAUCCUGAAUGUUUUUACAGUGUCCAGAGUGCUUCUGCUGCAACUUUGCAUGACCAAACUGAAGUGUGUUAUUUCAGCCACAGAGCUUCAAAACGAGCUAACACUGCUACAAAACAGUAGCCCACUUCCUUGUUUUCUCAGAUAGCGAGAAUAACUUUAUAGAUUAAAUGAAAUGUCACUGAAUCUUUUCCCUUCUUUCUAGUGAAUGGAUUUGUGAGGCUUUAUGUGCCGAUGUAGUCAUCUUAGUGGCCUUUUUAAAUGGGAAAUCUGAUGGAAGGAAAUUCCCUCAUUCAAUAUUAUUAUUAUUAUCAACACAAAGAUAUAAUUUAUAUGUUGAUUCAAGGAUGCAUUUCAGAUUUCCACUCAAAGUAAAUGUGUAUGCAAUAUAGAAUAAUUGUAUUGGCAAAUGUAUUUUGACACGUUCCUUUGUUUUUGAAAAGGUCUCGUUACUUUUAUUGUUUUUUGAGACUCAAGCCCUCUGUGCAAAUUGAGGUAUGUGUCAUUCGUUUUUUCAGAUUUUAAAUAUGACAUGUCUGCCAAUGUGUUUUUGAUAUAUUACAGUACCCGUCAAUGUGUCAUUGUGAACAUUUUAAAAUGGCUGUUUGGUACAGAUGUCAAACUGUUGUUUUGUGUAAUUUAAAAAAAAUGUAUUUUUAGAUGUGGUUUCUUUGGACUACCCUUGAUCUCGCUCCCAGAAACUUCCGCCCAAAUGUGUGGGCAUUCGUUAGCCAAUACAGAAAUAUUGGGAGAAACUCCCGGUGCAUAGGCAUGGCUUAAUCCACCAACCAAUCAUCUCCCACAACACCUUCCCCGUAUGCUAGCACGCCACAAUCUUCUGAGUCGCUAAAAUAAAAUGAUGACAAGUAAGGUCACUCCCAUAGAAUUCUAUAGUCGAUCCCACUAAGGCCGACUUCAUCGGUGCCAGCCUUACUGUUUAUGUAUCAGACGUGCACAAUAGCCUGGGGAAGAGGUUAGUUCUACCCUUAAAAGAGCGACUCCCCCUAAAAAGCAACUUCUCCUUUUGAAAAUGGCCUAUGUGGCAUCUUGAGUCGGAAACAUUUAUUGUAGUGUCAAUUUGGUUUGACAUUCAAUAUCCCUAUGGGGCUAGUUAGGGACAAUCGGUAAAUGACACAAUGUACACGGGCUAUCCAAUGUCAAACCAACUUUGCCAUGGUCGCACUCCAGCCGGCUGAAGCUAAUUGGCAAGUUUGUCUAGCUCUAGCCUAGGCGAUGUCAAGACACAAGAACUGGUUAGACUUUGAAGUUAUCUGGAAGUGUGAGUGACUGUGUACUGUUUUGUCAGAGUGAAUAUAGAAAUGCUUGCCACAUGUACACACACACACACACAAGACGCCCACAUUAACCCCUCCCCCCAAUACAACUCUCGUUUGGCUUUAGUCAUGGCCGCUACAUUUCUUGAUGACCAAGGUGAAAAAACUAGGCCAAAUCAGGAAGUUGAGCCCCCAUUUAGUACAUUCAAACUCAUUGAACAUCUGCGUUGAUAAUAAUCCAUCAGACUUGUCUAGAAGGUAAUGUCAACAGGAGAUAUUUCACAAUGAAUGGUUAAAUAGCACCACUGGAUCGCCAUAAUGCUUGAAAUGCCAUCUACGUUCAUAGUGACUCUACAGUACAUUUGAAAAGGAACCUACUUUUGAAAGUGAAUCUACAGUGGGAACAAACGUCAUUGGUUCAGAGUUAACCGAGCGGUAGUUCGCAGCCAGACAGGGCAGUAAAGCCAUUAGCCCCUGGCCUAGCUCUGUAGCCCAGUGAAAAGCCCUCAGCCAGAGGGCCUUCCGCACAGUAGUAGGCCCCUUGGGGAGCAUUCCACACAGCCACACUGCUCUAGUCAUUUACACGGCAUUCCAGCGUCUUGCCCCGCUCUCCUCUCUAUUUCUUCCCUCGUUACCUAGCCUGUUUAAACGAGACUGAACGCUGCCCUCACCAUUGUUUCACUUCACUUACGUUUGAGUGCCAGGCUACAGCCCAUAGUUGUAAAGAAAAUCAUAGUGCUUUUCUAAGGGUGCAGAGAGGUGGGGGGUUGGCAUGUGGUAGGUCCCCAUUGUCUGUGUUCAUGUUUUUGUUUGUUGCACCUUUACAAUGGGGUAUUGUAUGCAUUGAAAUAGAAUCACUAGAAAGACUGUAAUUUGACAGAACCCUUUGUCGGAACAUUGACUUGAAUGGGGAUACCGGUUCUAUAGAUUCUCUUUCUAUGAUUGUAUGUUAACUUUGGCCAUCAGUAUAGGUGAAAGCUUACUUAGCAUUAAUGCUGCUGACUUUCUGGUUUAAUCUCUUCAGACACCUUUCGGAGGAUGGUUCCCUGAUCUCCUUUUGAAUACCUAUAGUUACCUAUUGACUAGGCUACCUAUUAGUUUAGCUUUUGUUGCAUAUAUUGACGAUGUAGCCUGUGCUGGCAAGGAUGAAUCCUUUUAGCUUCAGCUUGACCGUUUCUAACCCCUGUGAACUUCGGUCCACUUGCUCUAGCCUUUUUUAGAGUAUUCAAUUCAGCCCUGGAUGACGCAUCCUGUGUUCCCCCCUCACCCCUCCCCAAACCCCUUUUUCCACCAAUCCACACCCACCCCUCACCCAACCUAGCUGUAAUCCAGUGAACAAAGCCAGUGAGACAGAUGGUGUACUCUGGUCAUCCACGGACACAAUGACCAGUCCUCCCAUCCUCUCCCCAUAGACCGCUGGGUGGAGCGACCCAGUGCUGCAGUGCCCAGUGGUCAUCAGUGCAUAAGAAUCAAAAGUAAAUGUAAUUGCUAAAAUACAUAAGUAUCAAAAUUAAAAGUAUAAAUCAUUUAAAAUUCCGUACAUUAAGCAAGUCAGACUCCCAGAUUUUCAUGUUCUUUAAUUUACACAUAGCCAGUGGCACGCUCCAACACUUAGACAUACUUUACAGAUGAAACAUUUGUGUUUAGUGAGUGCCAGAUCAGAGACAGUAGGGGUGACCAGGGAUGUUCCCUUGAUAAGUGUGUGAAUUGGAACAUUUUCCUGUCAAAGUUGUAAUUACUUUUGGGUGUCAAAAGUACAUUUAUUUUCUUUAGGAAUCUGGUGAAGUAAAAGUUCUCAAAUAAUGAUAAAGUACAGAUACCCCCAAAAACUACUUAAGUAGUACUUUUAAAGUUUUAAAAAAAGUAGUACUUUUAAAGUACUUUACACCACUGGUAGCAGGUCUCCAUUGUUGUUCCAGAGAGCUAGCUGUCAUCACUGUCCCCUAAACCCUAGUCUUGCGUAGCCAAAACCUCCAAAUCAUGUUGUUGUCACGCCUACUUUGGAGGUCUGGAGAAUUUUGUAUUAGUCAAAACAGCUUGAAUGGUCCGCUGGCAUCCAGUGGCUACAUUUUUAUUGGCUGUUACAUUCAAGAACCCUCCCCACAUUCAGCCAAGACAAAUGUGGGAAGCAUCGGAGUCCACAUGGACCAACAUUCCUGUAGAACACUUUCGACACCUUGUAGAGUCCAUGCCCCAAUGAAUUGAGGUUGUUCCUAUAAAUAGAUUUAAUCUAACUAUUAUUUAAUGACUUCCUGUAUUUGUAAUAAUAAUGUCCACAGUGUGAACCCUUGGUGUAUGACACUGUGUCUGGGUGAGGGAUCGGGUGAGAUUGUCUGAAGCAAGUCGGAGUGAUGAUUGUCAGUUUGAAUGUGGGAUGCUUGGGAAUGAGGAUGUACCAUGAAUGUCCUAGAAUGUCAGUGAUAUUGUCUAGCUAGUAAGAAUAGUCUGUGUUGAAUGAUCUUGGCUUGGAGGAUAUAGAGUGAAAGAUGGGUAGAGAUAAAAGCCUAGUGGGAAACUCGAUUUCAUUUAGGCAGGUCAACACCAAAGGAUUAUAAAGAAAAAAUAACUGCCCAUUAAAUUGGAUUAUAUCACAAUGCAA